UCUCUCUCUCUUGAAUUCAAUUUUUUUUUUUUGCUUUUUUUUUUUGUUUCUUUAUUGUAAUUGACUAAUUAUCGAGUUUCUGUUUGAUUUUUCUGAAAAAAAUUCUGGAAAAUGUUUAAUAUUAAAAAAGUGUUUUUGGGUUUAAUUUAUGAUUUUCACUUUAAUCUUAAAAUUCAGAAACCUUAAAGCGCGAUCCGCUUUCUCAAUGGUUUUUGAGUGAGUGAGUCUGAGCGAGAGAGAUCUAAAAAUCCACAAUUGUUACAAAAUUUGGUGUUAAAUACUGAAUCUUUAUAGGCGUAGUGUUUUAAUUUAAUAGAUUUAGGGCUUAAAGUUUCGAACUUUUCAUUGGAUAUGGUAUAAAUCUUGUAGUUGAAACACUGAAUUGUCUCUCUUGGGCGUUGUUGUUUUAGAUUUAGGGCUCAAAGUUUCAAACUUUCAAUGGAAACUAGGGUUUUGUGGGUUUGGUUGAUUGUCUCCUACUAACACUUGUUUUCCCCUGUUUUUUCUUGGGGGAAAGUGAGAAGGCAAAUGUCAGGAUCUGAGUCAGGUGUAAUGGCGGGGAGCAGAGAAUCACCAAUGAAGUUUACAAUGGGUCUUCACCAGCAGCAGCAGCAGCAAGCUCCCCCGCAGCAGUCUCAGAACAUGCAGUUGUCAUUUGGUGGCGAAGAUGGAAAUGAUGCUCUUUACAAGCAGCCAAUGAGGAGGUCUGCAUCACCACCGCAGCAGUACCAACCUGGUGAGAAUCCUGUCUUGAACAUGAACAUGCCCGGAGCUGAGACUGGAACCAUGGCUGAGGGUGGACCAGUGAAGAAGAGGAGAGGUAGGCCGAGGAAGUAUGUACCUGAGAGUGGUGAGAUGUCGCUUGGUUUGGUUCCCGGAGCUCCUUCUUUCACGGUGAGCCAGCCUAGUGGUGGUGGUGGCAGCAGCAGCGGCGGCGGAGGAGGAGGAGGAGAGAAGAGGAUGAGAGGAAGGCCUCCUGGUUCAAGCAAUAGGCCAAAGCUCCAAGCUUUAGGCUCAACUGGAAUGGGAUUUACGCCUCAUAUGCUUACCGUGGGGGCUGGAGAGGAUGUAGCAUCCAAGAUAAUGGCCUUAACUCAGAAUGGGCCACGUUCUGUGUGUGUCUUGUCUGCAAAUGGAGCCAUCUCCAAUAUGACUCUUCGCCAGUCGAACACGUCUGUUGGAACCGUUACAUAUGAGGGGAGAUAUGAGAUUCUGUGUUUAUCGGGAUCGUUCCAUUCGAUAGUUAGCAAUGGUCACAGAAGCAGGAGCGGAUGUCUAAGCGUGUGCUUAUCAGGUCCGGAUGGUAAUAUCCUAGGUGGUAGUGUAGCUGGUCUUCUUAUAGCAGCAUCACCUGUUCAGAUUGUUGUUGGGAGUUUUAUCCCAGGACAGAAAGAACCGAACCCAAAUGUGGGACAAAUGGAUCUAUCACCACCCAUAAUACCGCGUGUGGCCCCAACGCAGGUGCUGAUGGCUCCGAGUAGCCCGCAGUCUCGAGGCACAAUGAGUGAGUCAUCCUGUGGAGGUGGACAUGCAAGCCCUCUUCAUCAGAGCACAGGAGGACCGUACAAUAGCACCAUGCCCUGGAAGUAAACCAAGUGAUCUUGGUCUGUUUAAAAAACCAACAACUUCCUAUUAUUGGAAUGAUUUGAUGAUUUCUAUCCUUUUUAGGUUCUCUAAUUGUCUCUUUAGACAAGAUUAAUAACUUUGAUCUAUUUUCUAUUUUGGUGUACUUUCAGAACCAUAAUUUAUUUCGGAGAUUAGAAUAAUAUAUCCUGAUUAAUGUAGAUCUUUCUCUUA